UUAGCCUCCAACUAAUAAAAAAUUUAAAAAAAAAAAGAAACCAAUGUUGACACCUUGAUCUUAAACUUCCUACUUUUAGAACUCUGUCCAAAUAAAUUUUCUGUUCUUUAAGCUAAAAAAAAAAAAAAAAGAAAGAAAAAAAAUAAAUAAAUAAAAUAAAACUGCCACUCUGGUUAAAUAAAAGAUGGUAUGUACAUCUAUUCGAUGGGAUUCUGUGUAGGUGUUAACAAGACUGGGAAAACUUCAUAAACAGGGAUGGAAAGACCUCCAAGAUGUACAAAGUAAAAAGAGGGCUGAAUGGCUUGUAUAAUAGGCUACCUUAUGUGUAAAAAAAGGGGGAAUGAAGACAAAAACAUAUUCAAAUUUGCAUGAAAGAGCUCCAGAAGGAGCAUAAAGACCACAAGUGGUUACCUGUUGUGGAGGGCUGGGAGAUGGAGGGCCUUGGGAGAAGGAGGGAGCCUCUUUACAUAGAUGUUUCUAUUGUUUUGUUUUUUAACCAUGUGAUUGAAUUGCCAAUUCAAAAAUUACAAGAAAUAAAGACUCAACCUCUGUCUUUAUCAUAUUGGAAAGGAAAGCAGAGCUGUAGGAAUGUGCUGUCAUUUGUCUCAGCAUUCCCCCAAUGCCAGGGCUCCCCAGGGCCCAGCGAGAAGAUCCAGUUUCCUUUCAAGGCCAGCUCCAGUAUGGCUUAGUCAGGAAGUUCCUUCUCAGGUCUGACUUCAUUCCCUCCUGAUGAAGCCUCCAGCACUGCCCCACCCUGCCAGUUCCGUGUAGCUAUCAAAAGGUAUCCUUAGCUCCCUCUGGGCCUUGCUGGGUUCACUGGGUAAGUCUAAACCCUAUCUCCCCCCUCUCCAAGGAUCUGGAAUGGUUUGGGGUUACUCAGUGAGAGACAGGCCCAUUGGUCCUUGUAGCCAACCAGGGAGAUACCAAGGGAAGAGAAGAGAGGCCGGAGGGAAGAGGCUUGCCACCCAGCCUAUCCUCACCCUCCCUCUAAACAGCCAUCUCUCUCUCUGUUCACCUGUUCUGUCCCUUCCCUUACCCCCCUGCGCACCGCACACACAGACACACACACACACACACACACACACACACACACACACAACAUCUCUGAGCCUUCCUCCCACUCCCUUCCUUGUCCUUCACGGCCUCAUCCCCUCUCUGGUCCUCCCAGGUGGGAGGACCUUGUCACCAUGACGACCAUUCACCACAAGCAGAUGCUUCAGGAGCAUGUGUCCAUGGAGUUCUCCAGCUCUACCACCCACGUGCAGACCUUCUCCUAGACAACCAAGAUCGUGGGAGAGGAAGUGAUGAGGAGGAAGUUCUCCAGCUCCACAGAGUUCUUCAGUUCAAACAUCUCUGCUGGUGAAAACGUCCCGGAGUUGGUGGAGAAGCCUCAGCCGGUUGCCUCACCCGAGGGGGAUGAAGCCAUGUUCUGAGUCCAGGCACAGGGGAACCCCAAACCCAACGUCUCCUGGGAGAGAGAGAAUGGCAUGCCCAUCAAGGGGUCUGCCAAGAUCUUCUUAUGACAGCGUGAACAAGGAGCAGUGUUGAAGCUAUAGUCACUGACCUCGGACGACUCUGACAACUACAAGUACAUUGCAAGCAAUGACCAUGCAGACGCCAUCUACACCAUAUCCUUCCUGGUGACUGAGGAUCAAGAAAAAUUGGAUUUCAAAAAGAUGUUGAAGAAGAGUGGACCCCCUGCUUCCAAGAAGAGGCAGAAGAAGGUGACAGAUGAGAAAGAGACGCUGAAGAUUUUUUCCAAGGUGCCCAAGAAGGACUUUGAGGUCUGCAUGGAGUAUGGUUUCACUGACUUCUGGGGGCUGCUGAAGAAGCUCAAAGGAAUGAAGAAAGUGGAGGUGGAGGCUAUCUGAAUUCUGAAACCCCUGGAAGACAUAACAGCCAAGGUGGACACCACGGUGGUCUCUGACUGCAUCAUGGAGCUGAAGGACCCCAAUGUCAAAAUGCUGUGGGUCAAGGAUAAUGAGCCGCUGAGGAUCCGGUACUUCCUGGGGAAGUAUGAUGUGAAGCAGAUGGGCACCGUGUACAUGCUGCCCAUUACCAACGUGAACAUGAGUGAUGCAGGCUUCUACAGCUUGGCCGUGGGCAACAGGCAGAUGAAUGCAGAGCUCACGGUGCCGGAUGAGCCUCUGGGAAAGAUGAAGCCGGUGAAGGUGACAGAGUGCCAGACAGCUGUGUUUGAGAUCUGCCUCUCUAAGAAAGUGCCUGACUUUGUGUGGAAGUUCAAUGGAAAGGAGCUGAAGAGGGAUGAAAAGUAUGAAAUCACAGUGUCUUAGGAUGGUCUGACCCACACACUUGAGAUUCAGGAUGCCAGACUCAGUGAUGGUGGCAAGUUCUCUGCCAAGGCAGGAGAUCUGCUUCAGAAGACCCAGCCCACUACUGACCAUGAGGGCAUCCCUAUAAAAUUUGCGAGCACCCUCAAGAAUGUGUAUGUGAAAGAGAGGAGCCGUGCCUGCCUUGAGUGUGAGCUGACAUCCAAGGAUGUGACCUUGUACUGGAAGAAGGAUGGGCAGCUGCUGGCGUGAAGCUCCAAGUACAGCAUGAACCAUGAGGGCAAGCGAGCAGAGCUGUUCAUUGAGGGUGCACAGCUCACUGACGGUGGCAAGUACACUGUGGUAGCCAUGCAGGAUGGGGACCUCACUGAAUACUACUGCACUGCUAUGGUCACCAUGGAAGAGUGACUGGCCACUGUCAAGAGCGCAAUAUCCGACGUGAACGCGGCCACCGGGAGCCCAGCUGAGCUGUUCCUAGUCGAUGAGAAGGUGGAGGGCUUGCGACUGGAGGAUAGCAAAGAGGUCCAAGAUCCUGGCGUGCGGGUCCUGAAGCAGGGUGCGGUACACAAGUUCAACUUCCUCAGUAUGGGGCCCGACCUCGAGGGCAAGUACACCUUCAGGGCCAAGGGUGCAAAGACGGAAGCCUCGGUGUUUAUGGCAGAUCCGCCAAACGUCUGGUCCGUCCUGGAGGCACUGGCCGCGCACCCGGUGACCGUGAGGGUGAGCCACACCGCAAACAUCAAGGUGCCCUUCCGGGAAAAGCCGCUGCCCAGAGAGACGUGGUACAAGGAAGGCACGGAAAUGACAGAGGAACGCGCGUCAGUGGAGCGUGGCGACGACCAGGCGCUGCUCGCCAUUUCAAAGUGCCUGCGACAAAGACGCCUGGUGCAAGACCUGCACAUGUCUGAUUCCUCCAACACCAGCAUCUCCCUGGCCUGGCGAGAGCCUGCAGGGGGAGACCCACCCUCUGGCUACAUCCUUGAGAUGCGGGCUGAAGAUACCAUGGAGUGGUCCAAGGCCACAGAGAUCCCCACAGGCACCUGCUACACAGCGGGCGGCCUCACCGAGGGGCAGAAGUACUUCUUCCGAACUGGGGUGAACGAGGCUGUGGUUGGGGAGGCAGUAAAGCUGGACGAGAGGGUCUGUGCCAUGCCACCACCAGCUGCUCCCAAGUUUGACCUCAGUGCCUGGUUGAAGAGUCACGUGGUGGUUUGUGCUGGGACAGCCCUCUGCAUCCACGCCUCCUUCUCUGGCUCCCCACCACCCAACGUGAUCUGGCUGAAAGAUGGCAUCCCUACCAAGGGCCAGGAAAUUAUCACCAAGAGCAAAAACCGCCCCCAGUUCCUCAUCAACAGCAGCAAGUGUUCUGACUCAGGGGUGUACCGCAUUGAGCUCCAGAAUGUGUCUAGAGAGGUGUAUCAUGACUUCCACGUGCGUGUGGCAGAUUUUCGGCGGCCACCCACAAACCUACAGCUGUUUGAGGAGGUCAUCAACACGGUGACUCUGACCUGGAACCACAGCUCCGACCUGCAGGAGGGCGGCGAGGCCCACUACGCCAUAGUGGAGCGGGAUGCCAGCACAGCCACCUGGUUCACGACGGUCGACAGCGUCUUCAGCAACAAGUACACGGUGAGACUCGCUCCCCGCAGGAAGUACUUUUUCCGAGUGCUGGCCCAGAACGAAGCGGUGACUCCAAUGAUACCUGCCUGGCUCGUCAACAACAAGGAUAAGAUCGAGGAUCUGAGCGCCAAGCUGAAGCCGUACCAGCAGAAGGACUGGCGCCACGUGCCGCGCUUCCUGACCCCGCUCAAGCCGCACAUGGUGCUGCGUGGCCAGGACUGCACCGUGACCCGCGCCUUCCUGGGGAACCCGCAGCCCACCGUCACCCUCUGCAAGGGCCAGAGUACAGCGUGCUGGUGGAGAACAGCUGGGCAAGGACGGCGGCAGCUCCAAGCCCACCGUCCAUGGGUCAUUCACACUGACAAAUACUUUCUUUGCUCUUUCAAAGAUGACAAGUCAAUUCUAGCAUCUGUCACUGAGAGUCUGCAGAAGAAAUUAAAGCACCUUAAGUGA